ACGACCUGCAGCAUUAUCGAAGCCAUCACAGCAAAACCAGAGCAAAAAAUAGCGACACAUGAUUCAAACUGUUGUCCUGCGUGUCAGGAUGUCCUGCUCAGCUCUUGGUCGACGACUGGUUGCAUGCCUUUUAAACAUCUCUGAAGCCCGAAGAAAAGACUUGGUGGAGACAGUGGCCAGAUCAGCCAUCACUGACAUAAAGGGAGAAAAACGUGAAGGUGUCACAGUGCUGAACAUCUUCAAUGAUUCUGACUACAACCGCUCUGUCAUUACUGUUGUUGCAAACAUUGAGCUCAUAAGGGAGGCUGUAUUGUCAGCCUGUGAGUGUGCAUGUUCUCUGAUUGACAUGAGUGUCCACGAGGGCAUCCAUCCAUGCAUGGGUGCAGUGGAUCUGGUGCCUCUCUAUCCACUGGGGGAGGAUGUGGGACUCCAGGAUUGUGGAGAAGAAGCCCAGGCAUUGGCCUUGACUCUGGCAGAACGUGUAGCAGGCACCAGUGCCUUUUUGUUUGGCUGGGCAGAUUCACCUCAGCAUCGAGGUCUGGCUCAGAGGAGGAAGGAGAUCGGCUGGUUCAGAAAGGUCUUGAAUGUGUCAAACAUCAAGCCUGACAUUGGUUCUCAGCCCACAAGGAGAUACGGCAUUACAGGUGUUGGAGCGAGUCCCUACGUCAUGAACUGUAAUGUAACCAUCGAUACCCAGGAUCUGGCCCUGGGCCGUAGUGUGGCUUCAGCAAUCCGUGAAUCCAGUCCUGGUGGCAUCCCUGGAGUUCAGGUCAUGGCCCUGCCACAUGAAGGUGCCGUGGAGAUCGCCUGCAAUGUGGAGAGUGUUCAUGGUAGUUCUUCAUCUCAUGGUGAGGAGCAGUGGCCAAACUUCAGCAUUGGAGGGCAAACCUUCUGCCAUGCUCCAGCCUCACUAAUCACUGCACGCGUAGCAGAAUUGGUUAAACACCAUGGAGUGGGUAUCAAGGGUACAGCCCUGGUGGGCUUUACCCCACGCGAGUGCCGGAGACUGGCAGAAGGAGCCAUCUCUAAUGGAAUUGGAGAGUUCUGGAAAGAGCUGAGGCGUGUGCACAUGUGAACCAGCAAAAAAUAAAUAAACUUUUAACACUCUGAUCAUGUGCAAAACAAUAGCACAUCAUCAUCAUCAUCGACUAAAGCUGAUAGAAAAAUAUUUCUGAGAUCAAUUAUUAAUCGGGUGUUUUUGAAGCUUUUAAAUGAAUAGCAUCAUCAUCAUUUACUCACCCAUGUGUCAUUCCAGACCUUUAUGACUUUUUCUGUGGAAGAAAAAAAGACAUUUUGAAGAAUAAUGGCACCAAAUACCAGUUUUUGCAUACCUCUGACUUCACAUUCGACUCUAUGGACUGUAAUGUACUAAAAAUCUUUUGUGUUUUACAAAAUGUGGAACACUAUGAGGGCCAGAUCAUAGUAAAUGAUCGUAGUAUUCAUUUCAUUUUUCACCCAAACUUUAAAAUAACAGAAACCAUGCAUGCUGUUAUACGAUUAAAAUGUUUGAUCUUCAAAUAUAAUUUUCUCAUGAUCAAUAUAAUUAGGAAUUGGACCAAAAACAGAUGAAUAUAUUAAAUACUGUGCCUUAACUGCUAAUAUGUAAUAAUAUUUGGGAAAUAUGUUUAAUUGCUUCGUUUCAAUAAUACAAAUGUUCUAAUGCUGUAAUUUGGGUUCAUCACUAAUGUGAAGACAAUCUUGUACUUAUAGGUCUGUAUAAUUAUACAAAAAACUAAUUAGGCCAUUGCUGCUUGACAAUGAGAGUAAUCUUCUAGUAUGGCUCAAACAUUUUAAAGGGAUAAAUCAUGGAUGAGUAAAUAAAGGCAGAAUUACA